AUGAAUCGUGGCCAUCGACACCUGUCUCAUUCCAUGGCUGGUGGUUAUAAAUCAACAAUGAGGGAGUACAAAUUGGUUGUCUUAGGAAGUGGUGGUGUUGGCAAAAGUGCCUUGACUGUCCAGUUUGUCCAGGGAAUAUUUGUGGAGAAAUAUGAUCCUACAAUUGAAGACAGUUACAGAAAGCAAGUAGAAGUUGAUGGACAACAAUGUAUGUUGGAGAUCCUUGAUACAGCAGGAACUGAACAAUUCACUGCUAUGAGGGAUCUAUAUAUGAAAAAUGGACAAGGCUUUCUGUUGGUUUAUUCCAUUACUGCACAGUCAACGUUUAAUGACUUACAAGACCUCCGUGAACAGAUUUUACGAGUUAAAGACACAAAUGAUGUCCCUAUGCUUCUAGUGGGUAACAAGUGUGACUUGGAAGAUGAAAGAGUUGUAGGAAAGGACCAAGGCACUAAUCUGGCCAGACAGUUUAAUUGUGGCUUUUUGGAAACUUCAGCCAAGUCAAAAAUCAAUGUUAACGAGAUAUUCCAUGAUUUGGUUCGGCUAAUCAACAAGAAAAAUCCAGAAAGAAAAGACAAGGGCCGGAAGAAAUCUAAUGCUAGCUGCAUACUCCUGUAA